AUGGCAAACACGCAAUCCAAAGUCGAUACAUUGGAAGAACAGAAUUCCAAACUUAUAGCUGAGAUUGCCGAGCUUAGAAAGGAGAAUGUGAAGCUGAAGCAGAUUAUCGAGGAGAAUGAAAAGCGCAAUGUUAGAGUCGAGGAAUUAGAGCAAAAAAAUAUAGAGCUUGAGACUAGGCUUGCUAAAUUAGAACAAGGAAAAGAAGAAAAAUGUGUUUCUAUUGCAGAGCAAUGGCUCUUCGAGCCUACGGAAGAUGUUUCGCACUCUCCACUAAAAUCUAAUGAUACUGUCAAACAGAUAGUCCUACAAUGUGGUGAUACCCCGGUAUCUGAUAUCACUGAUGACACCUCUGAACAGGCAAUUUUGCAAAAUAAUGAUGCUCCGCCAUCUUAUGUAUCCAAUAAUGUUUUAAAUUCUGAUGGAUAUCAGUCUCGAGUCUCCAAUUCAUCUUUGACUAUAUUACCUAUAUGUGUAAAGUCUAAAUCAUCGGAAGAUAAAAGGAUUGAUAAUUUUCUGAAUGAAAAACGUAAUGAACAGAUUCGUAACGAAAUAAGAGAAAGGAAUCGGGAAAAAAAGUUAUUACAGAAUAAUGAAGCUUCCGCUUCUCAAGCCCAAAACUCAUAUUCGGAUAGCUCGCCAAAAUCUCAUAAAUUACGC